CAAAGAGCCAUACGACCUUCGGAUGCCCGUGGGUCCUUAGAGUCUCCUCUCUGUACCUUAGUUUUGGAGUGGUGGGGGGUUUCAUGCCUUCCACCCUCUGAAACCGAGUUCCUCGGGAAGGCCUUCGUACGCCCACCCUAUGGGGAAGGGGUGAGGGUGACCCCCCAGUGUGUGGGACUAGGGCAGCCCAGGAUCUGCACAGAGAAGGCCCUCUCCACUCUGCAGGACAAGAAGAGGCAGCCAUGGUCUGUGUGCGCCUUCAUGGCUAGCCCACUGCUCCUUCAGAGAACCCAACCCCGGGUGCCCAGGCUCCUCUGACCACCCUCCAUGAGGAAGGAAAGUGAAUCCAGAGAGGCCAGUGCUUCCUGCGGUCCGGUCGGCUGGGGACACUUUUGGAGCAGUCCAGCAGUGUGAGCACCGCCCUUCCCGCCUCGACAACCAUGUCCUUCAGCGCCACCAUUCUCUUCUCCCCUCCCAGUGGCAGCGAGGCCAGAUGCUGCUGCUGUGCGUGUAAGAACGAGACAAGCGGGGCCAGCUCAGGCUGUCAGGGUGGGAAUCCUCCCAGCACCCCGAUCACGGUGACGGGACACGGCCUGGCCGUCCAGAGCUCCGAGCAGCUCCUGCAUAUUAUCUACCAGCGGGUGGAUAAGGCCGUGGGUCUGGCUGAGGCAGCGCUGAGUCUCGCCAGGGCCAACAACGAAUUGUUAAAACGACUCCAGGAGGAAGUGGGUGAGCUGAGGCAAGGGAAGGUGCCCGCCGCGGAUGAAGACAGGGAGAGUCGGGCACACGGCUCCCCGCUGGAGGAGCCCGGGCCCCUCAAGGAGAGCCCCGGGGAGGCCAGCCGGGCCGUGCCGGCUGCGGAGGAGGAGUGUGACAGUGUGGGCAGUGGCGUGCAGGUGGUGAUCGAGGAGCUGCGGCAGCUGGGAGCGGCCUCGGCUGGGGGGCCCGGACCCUUGGGCUUCCCCGCAGCUCAGAGAGAUGUGCGGCUCCCGGGAUGCGCCCUGACUGCUGGCGAGGGGGCCGCGAUGCUCAACCCUCUGGUGGAUGAUUACGUGGCCUCUGAAGGUGCAGUGCAGCGGGUGCUGGUGCCUGCUUAUGCCAAGCAGCUUUCACCAGUCACACAACUGGCGAUCCAGCGGGCAACCUCAGAGACCGGGCCAGAAAAUGGAACCAAGCUGCCGCCACCCCGCCCGGAGGACAUGCUCAGUGCUGCUGCCGCCCUGGAAGGGCCUUCGGAAGAGUCAGGCCCUGGGGGAACUGGGGAGCUGAGACAGUCUCUAGGGUUCACUGCUUCCCCAUGCAGGACCAGAGGGAGUGGGCAGAAGAACUCCAGACGCAAGCGGGAUCUGGUCCUCUCUAAAUUGGUCCAUAAUGUGCAUAACCACAUCACCAAUGACAAGAGAUUCAAUGGGUCUGAAAGCAUCAAGUCCUCUUGGAAUAUUUCCGUAGUGAAGUUUCUUCUGGAAAAGCUCAAGCAAGAACUGGUAACAAGUCCCCACAAUUAUACUGACAAGGAGCUGAAAGGAGCCUGUGUAGCCUACUUCCUGACUAAGAGGCGUGAGUAUCGCAACUCCUUAAACCCCUUUAAAGGCCUGAAGGAGAAAGAGGAGAAGAAACUUCGAAGUCGCAGAUACCGGCUUUUUGCCAACCGAUCCAGCAUCAUGAGGCAUUUUGGCCCUGAGGACCAACGUCUAUGGAAGGAUGUGACAGAGGAGCUGAUGUCAGAUGAAGAGGACAGUCUUAAUGAGCCAGGUGUCUGGGUGGCCCGGCCUCCCCGUUUCCGGGCCCAGCGCCUCACGCAGCUCUGCUACCACCUGGAUGCCAACUCUAAGCAUGGCACCAAAGCCAACCGUGUAUAUGGGCCUCCCUCAGACCGUUUGCCUUCUGCUGAGGCCCAGCUUCUUCCACCGGAACUUUAUAAUCCUAAUUUCCAAGAAGAGGAGGAUGAGGGAGGUGAUGAGAAUGGCCCUGUCUCCCCAUCUUUUGACCAAGCCCACAAAACCUGCUGCCCUGACUUGAACUCAUUCAUUGAAAUCAAGGUGGAAAAGGAUGAGUGAGAUCUAAAAGCAAGAAUAACUCUGGCAUCUGCCAAACCCCAUGUCCCUGAACGGGGUGGCCACAGGGCUUCCCAAAAUAACGAGAUGUCCUCUGCAGUCUGAGGAAGCAAACCCGCCUCUCUUAACACAGUCUCCACUGGAAGUAGAAGCUAGCAGCUCUGGUGGGAUAAAAGGACUUAUUUUCAUGGGGGAAAAACACCCCCAACUGUGAAUGGCAAGCCAGAAAAUGCUUAUUCCUAAGCAUAAACAGUGCCUCGGAGGAGCCUAGGAUGAGAAAAGGAGGAGUAUGGGUCAAAGAAACAGGCCUUCUUGACAUGUGCCCUGGUCUC